GCAGUACGCUCGCAAGUUGCAAACAUUUUACACGUAUUAUGUUAUUGAUUUUUUGCGCUGUUAACAGAAAUAUAACCGUAAUGUCUGCCGAAGUGUAUUCGCUUUGUAUCACGAUGUAACUGACUCACGCAUUAUAAUAUAUGUAUCUAUUAUUUACUCGUAAACUUCGCGUGUGAGCGUUUUUUUUUUUUAUGUACAUAAGCCAUACUAAAGUAUGUAUAUUGGAUAAUUCUAAUACCCUGUCUGCAUACAUAAUAAUGAACAAAGAAGAACAACAAUAUUUAUUGGCCAUUAACAACUAUGGUAGGAUUUUCACAUUGUCCACGUUUGACGAUCAAUGGAAACCAUUUCCGUACGUUGGUAUGGACUUGAAACAUAUUUCCGCGAUUGAAAAUUAUAUCUGGUCCAUCGGAGGAGACAAUCAGACGUAUCUUUUGGUACACAAUUUGAACGAAACAAUACGGAUAAAAGAAGAGGUGUUCGAAAACGAGAGGUGGAUGCCAGGAGGGAGUUUUUCCAAGAGACUAUUACCUACUGACAGAUAUUGUUGGUCAUCAGAAAACGGCAAAGAGGAAAAGUUAAAAGAAAAUAUCAAGUUACCCUCUUUUGUCUGGCAGUGGGAACAUGAAUGGAAGUUGGAGACCACAUUUGAGGAUACAGAUUUAGAUGAUGACGGAUGGACAUAUGCAGUUGAAUUCUGCGCCAAAUUUUAUCCAUUUAAGCGUUGGAAUUCCUGUGUCAGAAGAAGAAAAUGGUAUCGAAAUCGUAUAUAUACUGGCACAAAUUCUUGGUGUAUAAUAUCUCCUCUCCAUAAAGAUUUUACACAGGAACCAUUUAUUUGCGUGAGUGUUGGAGGCCACAAAAUUGCUGGUGCCCAGUUUGGUGUCAUGAUGGUAUGGGCUGUUACAGCACAAGGAAGGAUUUUUUAUCGGAAAAACGUGAACAAAAUGUGGCCAGAAGGAAGUUUAUGGGCUUGUGUUUCAACAAAAGAAGGCAGUGAAUCGAGGUAUAUUGAUUGUGGGCCAUCAGGUUCUGUUUGGGUGGUUUUAUGGAAUGGUAUAAUAUUGGUCAGAAAAGAAGUCAGUGCUAAAACACCACAAGGUAAAGAGUGGAUUACUGUCGAAUCGCCAGAAUCUGAUUCAAAAAUCACUCAGUUAUCUGUUGGAUUUCUAUCAGUAUGGGCAAUUACAAAUGAUUCUAGAGUAUGGUAUAGAAAUGGAAUUGAUGAAAAUCUCAAUGAAGGAACUGCUUGGGUUAAAUUAAACACAUUCAUGUUUUCUGUGUCUGUGACGCCAAAUGAUCAAGUAUUUUCAGUGGGAUUAGAUAGACAUUUAUAUUUUAGGAGUGAGGUAUCUAAAAACAAUCCUACAGGGAAGAAGUGGGUUCAUAUACAAGCGUCUAUUGAAAAUGAACAACCUAAAAUGUAUGAGAAAAGACAUGAAAAAAUAGAACAUUGGGCUGUAUCAUCAUCAUUCACUGAACCUUCACAUUCUGCUCCAACCCGUCUCACUGUAAAUGUUUCAAAUAAUUCUUUAAACUUGUAUGCUAAAGAAAUUAAGGCUUCUCAGCGUAGAGUUUCUGCUUGGAGUCCUAAGCAUAGUAUUGGAUCUUUACUUGGUAUGGAGGCUAAACCAGAUUCAUUUAUUGAAGUACAAAGUAACAUGAUGACUCAAAAACCAAAAACUAUAUUUUGGAGUUCUGUAGUAGCAGGUUCAAUUGAUCCAGAUAUAUGUUUUAUAUCUCAAUGGUUUAAUUCACCUAAAGAUAAAGAAAAUAUUCUUAAAACCAAAUGGAGGCAAGAAAUAUUGGAAAAAUUAAUUGAAUUAAAAAUCCAAGAAAAAAAAAUUCAAAAUUUCUAUAUUUCAGGAUUAUAAAAUAAAUUUGUUGAACUCUAAAAUCCUUUCAAUGUUAUCUUUCGUAUAUAUAAAUAAUAUAUAAUACUUUCGAAGAAAUUAUAAUUUUGCUUACA